CUACCGAAAAUCAACAACAAAACAUACCAAAACAUAGAAGUGAUUCAUCUGUAAUUAGGUUUUUGUGGUUCGAGAAAAUUUCAGAAUUGCGUAUUCUAAUAAUCGUAAUUAUAUUAAAACCUAAAAUAUAGAAAUCGUUAAAUAUAUUACCUGAUAAUGUCUGUAAAUACGGCACACGCCAAUAAUGGGGUGUUGAUUCAUGCCGGAGAGUACAUAUUAUUGCAUAGUGAUGGCGUUACCAUGGACUUCUCCGGUCAGGAUAAUCCUGUAUUUAAGGGCUCAAAGCAAGGGCGUAUUUACCUGACGUCACACCGGCUGAUAUUUAACAAUAAAAAACCGGCUGAUCAGCUGCAAUCUUUUAGUGCACCUUUUAUAGCGCUUUCAGAUGUUGAGUUGGAGCAGCCAGUCUUUGGCGCCAACUACAUUAAGGCCAAGGUUCGUGCGCAACCAAACGGAAAUUUUAUUGGCGAGGUAAAGUUCAAGUUGCAUUUUAAGUCUGGUGGAGCGAUUGAGUACGGUCAGGCUUUGCUACGCGCAGCUAGUACUGCUCAAAGUAAUUACCAUCGUGGUGGCGCUCCCAAUGAUGAUCCACCACCCUACACGCCAGCAGGUGCUUGGCAUGAGGCUCCACCACCGGCCUAUCAGCCACCACCAGGCUACUACGGUUGGCUGCCUACACAUGAGGCGUUCAGUGGCCCAGCCAACGGCACGGUGUUUGUAAGCGAUAAUCCACCACCAUAUCCUGGCAUUGGCGGACCACCAGCUUAUACACCACAACCAUAUGCGCAACCCGGCUAUAACCCACAACAGCCAUACGCAGGCUAUAAUCCACAACAGCCAUAUGCUGGCUAUAAUCCACAACAGCCACAACCUGGUUACAAUCCACAACAGCCGCAAGGUGCUUGCAACCCACAGCCUCAAUACGGAAACAACGAUGCCCCAGCCUGGAACGGCUUUUCAGCACCACCAUCCGAACAGCCACAACAACAACCACCACCCGGAAAUCAACCACCACCCUACGCGGCUGGUGGAUACGGCCAGCCAGGCGGUUAUCCUCCGGGCGCCCCCGGUGCCUACAAUCCAUCAUAUAACCCUGGUUACAAUCCGGCUUACAAUCCCGGCCAUCAACCAGGUGGCUAUCCCCAGCCGGGAGGUUACCCACCACCAGGCGGUGCACCUGGUGGAGCUGCGGCCGGUGCAAUGGGCUUUGGCAUGCCGCCAGCAAAUUCUAAAGAAGCCGAGGCAAUGGCUAGCGCCCAAAAUACAACUUACAACCAAUAUUCCAAUAAUGCUGCACCGAGCGACUUGCCACCAGCCUAUGAUGCUCUACCACCCAACUAUGACAGCGCUAAUAAGAAGAAUCAGUAACUGUUACAAUAACAACAGUAGUAAAUCUCUAAAUACGUUUGUUCACAAACUACGUCACAACUUAUAAGACAUAGACGAAAAUAUGAUUUAAGUAGUAAAAAUUGUUACAGUAUGCGGUUAACUAGCUGGCAGUGUUGCUUCGGUUCAUAGUGUGCGAAUUUGACACAUUUCUUAUUCAUUCCGCUGAACUUGCGCGUAAAAUAUUUACAUAUAUACCAUUUAUAUACUUAUAUAAUAUAUGCAUUCUUUAUAUGUUUCAAAUGUAAACCUUAUAUAAACCUAUUACUACUAUAUACCUGCAUGUUUACACACACACACGAGUACAUAUAUUUAUCAAAUUAGCUACAAUAACCAGUUAGUACACUUACCAAAUAUUAUCAGAGCAUACUUUAUUAUUUUGUUAAAAUUCCUUUAAUAAUUAACAUGCAAAUUCUAAUAUUGUUACAUGAAGCGCAAAUUAACUACAAAUAUGCUGGAUCAAAAUUACUUAAAAAAAUUAAUCCUUAAAAUUCUUAACAAACUUAAAAUUAUUUAUACAGUAUUUCCUUGUGAGCAAUUGGCUAUGCUAAACAUUGUUUUGUAAAAUCUUUGUAUUAUUGAAACUGUAUAUAUUUUAUUACCGUUGAACUUGUACGCAAAUUUGUUUUUUAUUUUAUUAUUGUAUUUAUAUAUUAUAUAAUCAAUUUAAUUGAAAUAAAUAAAGUAAGCCUAAGCUGAAA